CACAGUGCUUGUGUUUGCAUAUUUUUUCCGUGAUUAGCAGUGCAAGUGCGUCGCAAAUUUUAAUGUAAUUUUAUGAUUACUAACCAAAAUGUAGUGACAAUUUUUACUUUAAAACUGAGAAUAAGCUACUACCACCGUUCCUACUGUGUUUGUGCGUUUUAUUUCAACUCUUACCAAUGCUAAUAACCGACGUGAAAGCAUAUUAUGCCUAAUAGUGACUCGUCCGGUGGAAUCUACUCCCCUAUUCCGCAAACGACGAUAACCGACGAAGACGAUUCCGAAAGCGAGGAGGAUCUGCUGCAGAGACAUCACUACCGGUACGCCGUUCCCCAACACCAUCAUACGUGUCGAUUGGCCGCCGCGGUACAUCACCAGAGCGGCGGAAGGUUUGGACGUGGCGGAGGGUUUACCACCACCACGGCGAUUGCAAUGAACGGGACGACGACUGUGAAGGGGGGAAGUAGGAAUCAUGUCCUAGGGGGUGAUGGGAUGGCGAUUGGGAAUAGUUUGUACAAUGGAUUGGCCAGUCCAAGCGAUGUGGAGGACGCAAAUGGGGUGUUCCAUGCGGACAAUGUGGCUAUUCUGCACGAGACCGGAUCACUUUCCGGAAGGAAAAUGUCUUUUCCGCGAAAGUGUUGCUUUGUGGCGUCGUUGGCCGUUUGCUUCCUUUCGUUGGUGGUGUUUUUGUGGGUAAUUCCAUGCUCGGAUGAUUUGGCCUGUCCGGCCAGAGGGGAAAGAAUGAAGACCCAGAAUUGGAUCAGGAACUACGAGAAAAUAGAGUUGAAGGGAGUGGUAAACGUUGUUGAAGGGGUGAGAGGGAAGAGUAAGAACUUGAUCUUUAUGUACAGAGGCGAUAAAUUGUUCCCGGAGUUUGCGGAUUCGUUCAAGAUGAGGAAUGGGAUAAUUUCUUUGGUUGGAAGCUCCGGGAAGGUAGCAUGGUACGAUCAGAUGGUCAAUGAACCCAAGAGUAUCGAUUGCACUUUGAUUGAUGCAGAUUUGAAUGGAUCGCCGGAUUGUCUUGUGAUGGACGAGUACGGGCAGUUGGAGUGCAUUAAUCCGUUAUCCGGACAGUGGAUCUGGCAUUCCCCGAUCUACGACCGAAAGAGUAUUCUUAAGCAAAAUGAUCUGCUGGAUUUCCCGCUUGUGAUCCCGGAUGUGGACGGGGAUGGUGUGAAGGAUCUAUUCUUCAUCACGAGCUAUGGUGAAUCGAAACACAACAAGUUUGUGAUGAUCUCGGGUCGAAAAGGCGAACUCAUAGGAGAUUCUCACGUUGUUAAGGAGUGCAUCUAUGUACACAAGCUGAUGAUCGAUGCGGAGUACAAUGUUAUGUUCAACUGCGUCAAAGAGAAAUCCGAGCAGCAAAGGUCCAAACCAUUGGCAGAGCUAUACAUGCUUAUAAAACACAAGGCUUUAGACAUGAGGAAGAUCAAGAAGCAGGUCGAUCUUCCGCAGCAUAAAUUCUUUGGUCAACGAAAGAACACCGAGAAGCAGAGAACCAUCGACGCCGUGGGUGGAAAGCAGUUGGUUAUCGAAAAUCGCGGUAAAUGUCCUGAAAACUGUUCCACCACCGUAUUACUUACGGAAGAAUCCAACGGAAAAGUUCUUUGGAAUGCUUCCGGGAAACAGUUAUACGGGAUGCAACCUGUUCGGUUGUCAUUCAGCAACAUCGGCAAAGACAACCCAUCCGCCAUCUACGGCUUUGUGCUCAAAUUCUGGGAGUGGAGCCAAGAAGAACCGGACAACCGCAGCACUCGGGACAAACGUUCCUCCUCCGAUGAGGAACGCAACAUGUUUUCUCACCUUAUGGUAAAGCAACAAACCUGGGUACUUCCGGACCGCGAAUCCGACCCACACACAUCCUCAAAAGUACGCAGAAGCGUAAAUCAAACCUUACGCCCUGGAACCUACAAAACUCGAAUGCGAUACCUCAAAGAAAUCGUCAAACUGAUCGUCUUCAACUCCACCGAUACCAAAAUCGAAAACACCAGUCAAUCCAACGUGAUCCAAUUCUGUCGGGAAAACGUCAAAGACAAAACGGACGUACUCUGCCAACCAGAUCUCAACUACCAGGAAAACUCGCUCCUCAUAGCGGAUCUCGAUGACGACGGCUCUCAGGAGCUCGUCUCCUACUAUUCCACCUUUGUCAAGUCCGACUCGGACACCGGCGAACGCUCCGGCAUGAAACUCAAAACGUUCGUCCAGUUGCUCCGACUGCAGUCGGAACUUCCCAAACUUUACAACAGCAGCGAAAGUAUCAAACGCUGAAACUGAACCAAACAGAAGCAUUCGAUGUGUGAUCUCAUACCUAGUCAGACUCACUGUUAGCCCGAUAAGCCUAAAGUUUAGAAAACGGGAAGCUCACCCGUUCCGGUUGUUACGGAGAUACAAGUGAUAUAGAAAAGGAACCAUUAUUGUAAUUGUGUAUUUAUAUAGCAGCACCAUCCCCAUUGAACGCUACCACCAUAGAUGGUGAUUGGCGGAGAUUUGUUGUGCACCGUUUUACCUUUUCUACCACAUACCACGACAAAAAAAAAAUGAAACUAUCGAAACCAAAGCACACACACGUAACUCAUGCUAGUCACCACAGUUAAAUCAAGUAGAUGUGCAUCUAUAGCAGCACCCAACAACAGUAUUAUUCCCUAUUGAGCGAUGGAAAUUUUAAAUAAAUUCUCCCGUGUAGAUUAGAA